AUGACACCACACUUUGAAUGGCUGCGGGACAUCAAAUAUGAGGGGAACCUCUUACUAUUCAUCAAUACUCAUUCUGAUACUGAAUCUGGCAAUCUUGUUGUGUCCAGGAAUGAAGGAAACCCAAUGACAUUGCCGAUUACUGAGCUACUCGACAAUUAUAUCGAUGAACAGAAUUUGAAACCUGGAGUAGGGCCAUGUAUUCAUGGACUUGUGAUAUGUUCGUGUGGAUCAACUAGGAGGGUCAUGGAAAGUGCCCAACUGUUGAAGUGUAUGGUUGAAAGGGAUAUAUUUGAUUUCAUGCUUGCUUUCACAGGCAUAUCUACCAUGGAUGCAGUUGUUGUUCCUGCAUUGAACAGAUCCAUAGAAAAUGUCUACAUUUACAACAUAAAGAUAUGGGAUGCCCUUGAAGAGUCAUUUUGGGAGGACAGGCACACUCUCAAUCACUUGCCAGUGGUCCUGUCAUUUGCAGACAUCCAAAAUGACAUCAACAAAAAGCGAACACGAGUAGUUGAUACCAGAGUGUUGGCAUUUUCAAAUCUGAAAGAUGGCAGGCCUUGGGGACUCGAUAUCUUCUGA